UCAGAAAAAAGGGGUAUGAACCGGUUCGACAAUUAAGUGAUCCUAAUAAUAAGUAGACUUGUAACACAAACAAACUACGCAACCAAAGCCCUAAUUUCACUCAACUUUCUUCUUCUAUUGCACCUUCAAUCGUUAUAUGCUUUCACCGCCUUUCAAUUCUGCUGUUGAUUCUUGGAUUCAAAAGCUGUGUUCAUUUUGGAGUUUUGACUGUUGAAGAUGAUUGUGGAUCAGAAUAUGGUGGCAGAAACGGAGAUAAUUUGUCAGAACAUAAGUGGUGCGGUUUUAGAUGUGCAAUAUCAUGUAAACAGCUCUGCUUCGACUCCCCCGAUCUUUCAUGAACUCCGUGUUUCGGACUCGGUUUCAUCCGAAAUCUCGGGCUUUGAAUCGGUUGUCAGUUGUUCGGAGACCAUUAAAAGUACUGUUGUGGAGUCUUCACCUGGCAAGUCUUUUCCAAGAAUCCGUUCUGGUAGCUAUGCUGAAAUUGGACGUAGAGUGUCAAUGGAUGACGACCACAUUUGUAUUGAUGAUCUAUCUGCUUGUCUGGGGUCUCUUUUAAAGUGUCCUAUGCCAAGUGCUUUCUAUGGUGUAUUUGAUGGUCACGGUGGACCAGAAGCAGCUGUUUUUAUCAAGAAUAAUGCUGUGAAAUUAUUUUUUGAGGAUGCUGAUUUGCCACCAAUAUCUGUUAUUGAUGAUGUUUUUUUAGCUGAGUUGGAAAAUUCUCAUAGGCGAGCAUUUUCACUUGCAGAGCAUGCCUUGGUUGAUGAACGCAGAGUUGGCAGAGGAUGUGGUACAACUGCGCUGACUGCUUUAGUACUUGGAAGGCAUUUACUGGUUGCAAAUGCUGGUGACUGCCGAGCAGUUCUCUGUAGAAAAGGAGUUGCUGUUGAUAUGUCUCAAGACCAUAGGCCUUCCUAUCUUGCAGAACGCAGACGAGUGGAGGAGUUAGGGGGAUAUAUUGAUGAUGGUUAUGUUAAUGGUUGUCUGUCUGUCACUCGAGCCUUGGGAGACUGGGACUUGAAACGCCCACUUGGGUCUGCUUCUUUUCUCAUCGCUGACCCAGAUAUUCAACGAGUUGUGUUAACAGAGGAUGAUGAAUUCCUAAUCAUUGGGUGUGAUGGUAUCUGGGAUGUCAUGUCAAGCCAGUAUGCAGUUAGCCUUGUCCGCAGGGGUCUGAGGCGACAUGAUGACCCACAGCAAUGGGCUCAAGAACUAGUGAUGGAGGCAUCACGCCUAAAUUCAUCAGAUAAUCUCACUGCAAUUGUUAUCUGCUUCAUUUCCCUUGCUCGUGCAGAGUCAUCUCUUCCGCGGCGUAGGUUCAGGUGCACAAGUUUAUCUGAGGAGGCACAAAAUAGACUGAGGAGCUUUUUAGAAGGCAAUUGAUCGUGUAUACAAAUUAUUUCACACAUUAUUUACUGGUAAAGUUGAGGAGUGAUUGUUUUCUGUUUUAAGGCUGUUUCAAAUGGUUUAAAGAAAAAGGAAAGGCAGCCAGCAAUUUUGCAGGUGUAGAAGACAGAACUCUAGGCUUUUGGAAUUAUUCUUGUUUCAAUGAAUUUGUGUUUCUGCAA